AUGGAUCCCGCUCUACUCCGAGAACGUGAAGCGUUUAAGAAAAAGGCACUCGCUACACCGAGCAUUGAAAAGAAGAAAAAAGAUGAGUCUCAGUUUAAAGAUGAUAGCAAGAAGAAGUCAAAGUCAUCAUCAAGCUCGGCCAGUACAGGGCCGAAGCUUGAUGCCUCAAACUAUAAAACAAUGUCAGGCAGCUCAUCAUACCGGUUUGGUGUGUUGGCUCGCAUUGUCAGGCACAUGAGGGCACGUCACCAGGAAGGUGAUGAUCACCCCUUGACACUGGAUGAAGUCUUGGAUGAAACUAACCAGCUUGAUCUUAGUAAUAAAGUAAAACAGGUGGGUACCACUUUGGUCAAAAAAAGUAUGUUGUUAGAAGAGUAUUGUGGAAAGUGGGACAAUAACAAAAAGACUGAUUCACAUAAUACAUUGCUACUUGAGAACAAAUGUUUCUGCUAA